CGUCGACAACACCGACAACAAAGCCUCGGGCCACACCUUCAUCAACACUAAAGCCAGCAUGGCCGUGCCGUCUCGACCACCGUCACCGUCACCUGGCCGCUCGGAAUCUCCUACUGUUGGGAUGGGCUACUUUUCGCUACCUUUUGAGCGUUUUCGACGCGAGGAUGUCUAUAGUGAUUGGACGAGUGCUUUCACGCUCCUAGACACCAUGGAAACCUUCUUUGAUUCACGUCUGGACUUGUUACAACGCAGGUUAUCCAAGCAGACAGACAAGCUCAAGACACGCGCCGAAGAUGUCCUACGCGAACUACCAUUGAUCAAAACUCCGACUGGAGAGUUGGUCGCGAAGGACCUAGACAGGGAACUGCAGAAGGUCAAGCUGAAGAUGACCACGAGGAUGACGUCGCUUGCUCAGGCCUGGCACUCUGCCAAAGUCAUUCGAACGCGCGAAAAACUGACAUUCUUCUUCGGUGUCAUGUCUCUGCUCAUCUCGGCCCUCCUCUUCGGCAUGGCACCGGAGUGGAUUCACAUAUCAUACACUCUUCAAGCCGCCUAUCUCCUGCCCAUGCGCGCGUACAGGUAUAAGAAGCGCGCAUGGCAUUACUUCAUGUUCGACCUCUGCUACUAUGUUACCAUCCUCAACUUCGUCUACAUCUGGCUGUUCCCCGACAGUACGGCUCUCUUCGUUGCUUGCUAUUGUCUAUCGCACGGUUCUCUUGCUAGCGCAGUCAUUACUUGGCGGAACAGUCUCGUUUUCCAUGACUCUGACAAAGUCACCAGCCUUUUCGUCCACAUAUAUGCUCCGUUCACAUUCACUGUCAUACGGCAUUUCUACCCUAAUGCUGCAGAACGGUUUCCAGCGUUACGCCAUUUGCAUCACUUGCAACCUCUACGGGCAUUGGUACUAAGUUCCCUAAUUUAUGUUAUUUGGCAAUUGUUGUAUUGGAAGUUCGUGCUCGUGGACAGACGCAAGAAGAUCGAAAGCGGAGAGAGGACUACGUCGUUCUCAUUUCUCUUGAACGAUAAGAGAGGCGUCAUCGGACGCGCACUGUGCAGCAUACCGCCAGGACAGCGCGUGACUGCCUUUAUGUUUGGACAACUUGUCUACGGCGUGCUCACUGAGCUGCCAGCGGUAUUCCUGCUAUAUGACAGCCCCAUCUGGAGCAACGUGUUCCUGCUUCUCAUCUUCUCGGUCUCAGUGUGGAAUGGCGGGGGUUUUUAUAUCGAAGUUUUCGGCCGGAAGUUUGAGAAGGAACUUGAGGCUCUCCGCAAGGAACUCGCCGAGGCUACUGCUAGAUCAGGGUCUCAUAGUGGACGUACCAGUCCGAGCAUGUCCACCGAUGAGCUUGCUUCCCUUCCCAACUCGCCAGAACUCAGCGCCAAGAAGGACCAUGCAACUGCAUCACCGCCAUCAUUACACAUGGGCCUCUCCGAGAGCCCGCACGGAAGCGGCAUCGGCAUCGACCUGAACGGCUCGGUUGUCAGCCAGAAGAAAAACCAAUAGACAACCAGACAAGAAUCCUCUCGAUGCGGGUCCGCUAUCUAAACGGGAUCCUUGGCCGACGUCCAAUGUUACGACUCAUUCACGUGUAGCCCGUCUAAUCUUCACUAGUCCACUUUAUCAUGCUUUCUACCCUGCUUUGACAUUGUCAGGUACUAUAAUUCUUCUACUUUGGACAUCACCAACGUGACUACUAUCUAUUCACCUCCUCAUGACACGAUACCAGAAGACGUAUAUUAGUGUAUGUACACUAUCACCCCUAUGCAGAUGUGCCGGCCGUGAAAUGGC